AUGCUUUCAAAAUAUUUGGCCGCCGCGUUCACAGUUCUUAGGUCAUUAGGAUCCGUCAAGACGUCUUCAAACUCGGAAUCCAGUCGAAUCGGUCAUUUUAUCGAAGUACAGGUGACCGACGGUGCUCUGUACAGGAUUAAGAUACACUGUUAUUUCUUGGACCAAUCCCGAGUAGUACAUCCGCUGCCAAACGAAAAGAACUAUCAUAUAUUUUACCAGAUGUUGGCCGGCCUAUCUCAGGAAGAAAGAGGUAUGCAAAGACCCCUCAGGGGAAGCACUUUACAGUGUUACGGGUAUGGCGAACCCGGGGCCCCGAGCCUCACACUGACUUUAAUUAGUUGGUGUGGACUGGUCCUCCAGGUUGGGGGUUUAGCGGCGGGCUAA